AUGGCAUCUCAAGUCACCGAAUCCCUUGCGGUCGCGGCUACUGCUGCGGCACCAGCGAAAACUGCGGCGCACCUAAUUACUCAGACUGGUGUCAAUGCUAAGGAAGAAGGUCCGUCGGACGGCGAGUCCGGAAAUACGGGAGAUGAUGAUCUGUAUUUCCACCAACGUAUUGAGAAGAACGGCCAACAAGUCCUGGUGAGCUGGACCAAGGAAGAGGAAAAGCGCGUUGUUCGCAAAGCGGAUUGGCUGUUUCUACCUAUAUUCGCUUUGAUGUUUACAUGGAUGGCCAUCGACCGCACCAAUGUCUCGGGAGUCCUGACUUCGACAUUCAUAAAAGACACGCAUAUGACGCGAGACCAGGCGAACACCGGGGUCUCGCUGCUAUGGUUCGGGAUUGUGCUUCUCGAAAUUCCGUCAAAUAUCGUUCUUCAUCGCGUAGGACCGCAUUACUGGAUUCCGCUACAAGUAGUCGUCUGGGGCAUCCUCGAAGUAUGUCAGAUGUUCGUGAAGAAUGCUAGCGGUUGGUACGCAGCGCGCUUGUUUCUAGGAUUGGCCGAGAGCGGGUUUAUCCCUGGUAGUUUAUACGUACUCUCGCGGUGGUACACGCAAGACGAGCUUGCAAGUCGGACGACGUUGUUCUUUUUCGGGCCGUCGAUUUCGGCGUCGUUCGGAUCUCUUAUUAGUGCAGGAGCCUUGCGUAUUGAAGGCAAGGGCGGGCUUUUUGGGUGGCAAUGGAUUUUCCUCAUUUGCGGUGUUUCUACGAUAGCUGUUGGUCUUAUUGCCUUUACGCUCGUCCCUAAGUCUCCUCACCAUACGAACCGUCUUCUUGGCGGCCUUGUUCCGUGGAGUGGGUGGCUCUCCGAGCGCGAGGCGGAUGUAUUUGUAGCCAGAAUCAUUAGGGCAGACCCCAAAAAGGGACAGGCAUCUACUAUGAGCAUUGGACUUAAAGAUGUUACCGAUGUCCUCUUCAACUGGACCACUUGGCCAUAUCUAAUUAUCUGCCUAAGCGGACUGCAAUCCGCCGGUGGCCUACAAACUUGGGGAGCAACGAUCAUUCAAUCCUUAGGUUUUACGAGCGUUCGCGCGAAUUUACUCAACGCUCCCGCGCCCGUCUUAUCAUCCAUACUCGGAGUUUUCUUAUCGCAAUUCGUGGACCGAUACAAGCGAUUUGGUUACACCAUUGGGUUCGCUGCCGUAUGGACUAUGGCCGGGCUAAUAGCUCUCUAUAAACUUCCGGUUACCACGCAAGCUUCGUGGUCCUUCUACGCUGCCUAUGUUGUAACACAAGCCGCCCCGAGUUGGCAACCCCUGAACGUCACAUGGCUAUCCUUGAACCAGAAGACGCCGCAAAAGAGAGCUAUCGCAUACGCCGUAUAUAUUGGCUGCUCAAACCUAGGUGGAACAUACGGAAACCAGGUCUUCAGAGGAUCCGAUGCCCCUCUAUACCGUAGAGCAUGGGCAGCCUGCUUGGCCCUCGGGGCAGUGUGGCUUGCCACGCUCAUCAUCCAGACGUUACUGUUUAAGUGGACGAACCGACGAUUUGCUAAGAAGGUAUACGAGGACCCGUCGCUGGAAGCUGAGGCGUUGUAUACGGAUCGGAAGGGUCGUAAAUAUAGAUAUUACUGGUAG